AUGACAGAAAGAUAUAACCCCUAUCUAUACAGUAAAUUGACCGCUUACAGAAAGACACAUAGUGGCGAAACAACACUGAUUGCCUUAACCGAAGAAUGGAGACAAGCUGCAGAUAGGAAGGAAAAUGUCGCGGUACUCUCCACCGACAUGAGUAAGGCCUUUGACUCCUUACACCCAUCCCUGAUGAUAAAAAAGCUCGAAGCAAUAUGGAUUUUGUCAAGCGUCGCUUCAACUAAUGCGCUCCUUCGAACGAUUCAACAGAGUGAAAUUGAAUGGAAAGAUAAGCACCUGGAAACAUGUUAA